AGUACUUUGGCUAAAGAAUCCAUGGCUGCAAGCAAGAAGUUGGAUUCUCGCUCUCCGAUACCAAGCAGACCAACCAAUCCUGGUUCAAGAAACUCAGAGAUUAGUAAUCCAAUGAGAAGGAGUUUCAGUGGAAGCCCAUUUGUCAAACCCUCUAUUAUUUCCAAUCAAAGAGGAGCAGGAGGCUUUAACCCCAACACGCCUGUUAAUACUCCUUCAGAUUAUCCUCAAAGAAACUCCUUUAGCAGAGAAAAUAUAGUAGUUGCUUUGCCUGAUCACGAGGACAAAGAAAAUGGUAAAGACCAGAAUUGGAAAUCAGUGCGAAUACGUUCACCAGCAAAGGGUGGUGCAAAGAAUUUCAUGUCUCCAACAAUUUCUGCAGCUUCAAAAAUUAAUGCAUCUCCAAGAAAGAAAAUCUUGGCAGACUGGAAUGAGCAAAUUCGCACUUCAAUCUCGUUUUCUGAUACUAAAAGCCCUUUGACGGAAGACUUAUACUCAAAGCCGAGCAAGGGUUUGAAUCAGAAGAAGGAGGUCUCGUUUGAUUCAACAGUCACUUACUUGGGUGACAAUGAGGAUUCCAAAAGUGAGGAACAUGUUGAUUUAAUGGUAGAUUCGCAUUCUAAAGAUGAUUUGAUUGAAGACUUGUACUCAAAGCCGAACAAGGGUUUGAAUCAGAAGAAGGAGGUCUCGUUUGGUUCAACAGUCACUUACUUGGGAGACAAUGAGGAAUCCAAAAGUGAGGAACAUGUUGAUUUAAUGGUAGAUUCGAGUUCUAAAGAUGAUUUGGACAUGUCAUCAGAGAACCUAACUAUGGAGAAGGAUUGUGUUAAUCUUGAUCCAAGUUUUGAGAUUAGUCCAAGGGUUUCUUCUUCAUUUCCAAACCCUGCUUUGGCACCUCUUGAUGCAGAUCCAUCAGUGCCUACUUAUGAUCCUAAGACUAAUUACCUCUCACCAAGGCCUCAGUUUCUUCGUUAUAGGCCCAACCCUAGAAUUGAGCUUUAUCUAAACAAGGAAAGAGAUGGCCAACCACUUGAGGAGAUCUUUGCAUCUGGGUGCUCUUCGGAAACUGAAGUUAGUGAAGCAGAAGACAGUCACUCUGAUGAUUCACGGAAAGAAUCGGAUGCUUCUUUGGCUGAUGAGGAGAAAGAAUCGGAUGCUUCUUCAAGUGAUGAGGUGAAAGAACAAGAGGAGUUGGAAGAGUUGCUGCUAGCAUCCGAGCCCAUUUCCAUUGGUACUUAUGUUGAGGAGGAGGAGCUACUUGUAUCUGAACCCAAUUCCAUUGGUACUUCUGUGGAGAACGCUGAAGAGAAAAGGGUGCCUAAAUCACGUUUCUAUACAAGAAGAAAGUUCAUCGCUUUGCUUUCGGUCCUGACUGUUGGAUUUUUAUAUGUUUCAGUUUCUAAAUCCCAAGUCAUGGAUACUUCUGUGCUCAAUAACUUCACCUUUUUCGAGCCAUAUGUCCCACCUGAAUUCUCAGAGUAUAACAGGCAAACUUUUGAUGUUCUAGCUCAAAAGGUCCAGCUUUGGCUACAUCAGUCUCUGUGUUACACGCAUAAUCUGAUAAACUGCUUCAGAGGCGUGCACAUUUUGGGUCCUUUUCAGUAUGCUAAUUUGACCGUUUUGCUCAAGGAUGACAUAGUUGAUAGUCAAUUUGUAUUUGACCAGAGCAUUUUAAGAUCGAAAGUUAAGUAUGAAGAGAAAGUUUUGGAGUCCAUAAAGGGGGCAGAGGUCAACAUUAAUCUAGCGGAUGAAGAAGAUCAACCAAGGGCAGUUGACGAGAACAUUGAAUUCGUAGGAGAUAAAAAUGAAUGGGAUUUUAAUAGCGCUCCGGAUUCUGAAGAGUUUAGUGCUCCCGAGUCCAUAAAGGGGGCAGAGGUCAACAUUAAUCUGUCGGAUGAAGAAGAUCAACCAAGUGCAUUUGAGGAGAACAUUGAAGUCGUAGGAGAUAAAAAUGAUUGGGAUUUUGAUAGUGCUCCGGAUUCUGAAGAGUUUACUGUUCCCGAGUCUGAAGUAGCAAAUCUGCGCCCCGGAUCUGGGGUGACUGAAACUGGUAAGUCAGCACAAGAAGUCAUCCAAGAAAGUGCUGAAACUGCUGCCAACGUUUUGGAGCUUCAAAGUAACAUGGUCCUUGAAGACCAGUCUGUUCUGAUCCCACAGGCUGCAGAAAUUCAACAAGAAAUCUUGAAUUCCAUGCCAUCUCAAGGUAUAAAUGAUAUUAGUACUGCAGGUAUUGUGUCCCCUGCAUCAGAGGUCAAUUUUGAAAUACUUGCAGGUUCUGAAACAGAAAAUCUACGGAGUUCAGAAUUAGUGAACGCACGCCCAGCACAGAUAAUGGUGGGAAUUUCCUUGAUUGUUUUCAGUCUACUUGGAACAGCCUUCGUUUAUAUGAAAAGUCAAACCCCCACAACUCGAAAUGCUGCAUCUGCAGUGGAUCAAAUGCCAGCCACUAAGAAACUGGAUGAUAGCCCAUUGCCAGUUGCAGCAGAACAUACAGACAUUGUUGGAGAGUUAUGCCCAUCGGAAAUGAGCAGUUUCAGCUUGUCCUACAGCAAGAAAGGACAGGGGGGUACAAGUGAAGCUCAUAGCUGUGAGAGGAAGCCUAGGAAGAACAUUUACAGGAGAGAAUUCAUGGCUUCGCCGGAUUACUCUGUUGGCUCCAUGGGUUCGCCUUCUUACGGCAGUUUCACCACGUAUGAAAAGAUUAGCAAGCAUGGAAUUGAAGAUGAAGAGGUGAUCACUCCAGUUAGGCGCUCUAGCAGAAUUAGAAACCAAGUCACAUUUCCGUGACCCACAAAUCAAAAGCAAUUUCUGAAUGUGUCCUCUCUAGUGAUUGAAUUGCUAUUUAAUUGCGGAGUUAGAUUGUUUCAUUGUUUGU